CCAGUAAAAGAUUCUAUGAUGCAAAAUUUUCUCGUUACAUCUUUGUGUGGCAAACAUUGGACAGAGACUGAAAUAGUGGGAAGCUGUUCUUUGGAAAACAACCAAAAUAAUCGCCUGCUUGAGCUAAAUUGCGUAAAAUUUGACCAUAACCGAUUAGGAUCCCCAGAAACGUCAAAACAACGUGAAGAGCUGAGGUCGAUUUCAAAUGUUGUUCGGGUUAUUCGCUCAACAGGAGGCCAUAUCUUAGCUUUGUAUCGUCAAUCAGAGGCACAGAAGCAACUAUACAAGCGACACAGUAAUGUUCUCUUCAUCCACUUGCUCCACUCCGCCAAUGCUACUAAGACGUUAUUGGCUAUGUCCAUCAUCGAUAGUGAUAGCGGUGUAGAUUACACAGUCUGUCUCGUCACGUUACCGGAUCGUAUCGUUUCGGAAGUCGUCGCUCGCUGCUUGAGGAUAUUCAUAUCACAUAAUGAUGCUUCUGUCGUAAAAGCCGUUGUUGUGAAUCGAGAAGAGCUGUUACCCAAUGUAAGGAAAGCCUUUCCUAUGGCAGAUCAUUUAAUUUCAGAGAGUCGAAUGCUAGAACAGGUAUCACAUGAGUUGUCGAAGUACGCACUAGAGCCAGACACCCGCAAUCAGUACUGCAGUGCUUUCGCCGUUUGUUGUUCGACGUCGUGUGAAAAAAAAUUCGGCUAUGCAGAGGCGUUUCUGAUAUCAGCGCCAGGUGAAAUUGGCGUCUACUUUGAAACUACUUGGUUCGAGCAGACGGACAUUUGGAGAGCCAUCGACAGCCUGCGUCGCAUAACAAAAGGAUUAAAUUACAGGGAAGUAAGCAAACACCUUUACCGAAAGCUGACUCAGACAAUGUUUUUUUAAAAUCAUGUUGACUGUCAAAGAUAUUUAUUGGAUGACUGAAUUACUUUGCUGGUUCAGCGGUGAUAUUUACUUGCCGUAAAGGCAAAACUUUCUCAAUCUGUCGCGGAGGUCUAUUAGUCUUCUGCAUAAAUACGUUGAGAUUAUGUACAUACUUCUCCACUUGCAACUGUUUUUGACCAAGAUCUCUUGUUAUCUGCCGCGAUCGA